UCCAUUCCUGAGGCUCAGCCUCUCCCAGUUCCUGCCUCCUCCUCCAAAAACCCAAAACUCCCAUGCCUGCUGUGCCAGGAUCCACCUGAUCCAUUCCUGAGGCUCAGCCCCUCCCAGUUCCUCCUCCUCCAGCAUCCCAAAACUUCCCUGCCUGCUGUAGAUCCAACUGCUCCAUUCCUGAGGCUCAGCUUCUCCCAGCUCCUGCCUCCUGCUCCUCCUCCAGCGCCCCAAAAUUCCCUGUUUGCUGUUGAUCCAACUGCUCCAUUCCUGCCAGCUCAGCCUCUCUCAGCUCCUGCCUUCUCCUCCUCCUCCUCCAACACCCCAAAACUCCCCUGCCUGCUGUGCCAGGAUCCAGCUGCUCCAUUCCUGAGGCUCAGCCUCUCCCAGUUCCUUCCUCCUCCUCCAACACCCCAAAACUCCUGUUUGCUGUGGAUCCAACUACUCUAUCCCUGUGGCUCAGCCUCUCCCAACUCCUUCCUCUUCCUCCUCCUCCUCCAACACCCCGAAACUCCCCUCUUUGCUGUGGAUCCAGCUGCUCCAUUCCCGAGGCUCUCCCAGUUCCUUCCUCCUCCUCCAACACCCCAAAACUCCCCUGCCUGCUGUGCCAGGAUCCAACUGCUCCAUUCCUGAGGCUCAGCCUCUCCCAGCUCCUGCCUCCUCCUCCUCCAACACCCCAAAACUCCCCUGCCUGCUGUGCCAGGAUCCAGCUGCUCCAUUCCUGAGGCUCAGCCUCUCCCAGCUCCUGCCUCCUCCUCCAACACCCCAAAACUCCCUGUUUGCUGAGCCAGGGUCCGGCUCAUCCAUCCCCGUGGCUCAGCCUCUCCCAGCUCCUCUCUCCUUCUCCAACACCCCAAAACUCCCCUCUUCGCUUUGGAUCCAGCUGCUCCAUUCCCGAGGCUCUCCCAGUUCCUUCCUCCUCCUCCAACACCCCAAAACUCCCCUGCCUUGCUGUGCCAGGAUCCAACUGCUCCAUUCCUGAGGCUCAACCUCUCCCAGCUCCUGCCUUCUCCUCCUCCUCCUCCAACACCCCAAAACUCCCCUGCCUGCUGUGCCAGGAUCCAGCUGCUCCAUUCCUGAGGCUCAGCCUCUCCCAGUUCCUUCCCCCUCCUCCUCCUCCUUCUCCUCCUCCUCCUCCUGCUGCCUUAGGCAGAGGCAGCGCGGGACGUGCCGGGGCAGAGCCGGGAGCGCCAUGGCCGAGCGGCUGUCGGAGGAGAAGAUCGCCGAGUUCAAGGAGGCCUUUUCCCUCUUCGACCGGGACGGCGACGGCUCCAUCACCACGCGGGAGCUCGGCACCGUCAUGCGCUCGCUGGGCCAGAACCCCACCGAGGCCGAGCUGCGGGACAUGGUGGGCGAGGUGGACGCCGACGGCAGCGGCACCGUCGACUUCCCGGAGUUCCUGUCGCUGAUGGCCAGGAGGAUGCGGGACACGGACGGCGAGGAGGAGAUCCGGGAGGCCUUCCGGGUCUUCGACAAGGACGGCAACGGGUACAUCAGCGCGGCCGAGCUGCGGCACGUCAUGACCAACCUGGGCGAGAAGCUGACGGACGAGGAGGUGGACGAGAUGAUCCGCGAGGCCGACUGCAACAACGACGGGCAGGUCAACUACGAGGAGUUCGUCAGGAUGAUGACGGAGAAGUGACUCCCGGCCCGGCUCCGGCCCCGCAGGGAGCGGAGGUUUCCCCGAGCCCCUCCAACCCCUCCCACCUUCUCCGCGCCAUUCCAGGCUGGAAAAAAUCCCACACACACACCAUUCCAGGCUGGAAAAAUCCUCUUUGGUCCCGGUUGGAAUGUUGGCAAGUAGGGUCUCCGUUGGAUACGGGCGGGAGGGGGACUGGGAUACAGCUGGACACGGGAUCCCCCAGGAGACAUCUCGUGUCCGUAGAGAUUCCAGAGGCCACUGGAUGUUCCCUGACAUCCCUGAGUCCAAUAAAGGAAUGUUCCCCCAUG